AUGAUGCGAUUCUACACCAUUGGUGCACGUUUGACGCAUGAGAGCCAGCGCCCGCCCGCCCGGUGGGACACAGACAAACCUGCAACAUUAUCCACGGUGCCCCCCCUGGUCUGCACACUCUCCUGCCACCUGCCUCACAACUCACUCUGCCCCAAACCUCUCGUUCUGUUGUUCUGCACACUGCACUCUUCUCGGCGGAAAACAACGGAGUGGAAGUUUGCUUCGUUGAGGCAGCAGCAGUCCGGAGACCGGAGACUCUCCAAACAUUUCAUAGAAAGUAUGCCUCGCUUCGUGGUAACGGGAGCCAACAAAGGCAUUGGCUUGGAGAUCGUUAAGGCUCUCCUCAAAACCAACAAGAACGCCUUCGUGUUCCUCGGUAGCCGGGACGCCGCACGUGGCCAAAACGCCGUGCAGUCACUCCUCGAGCAGAAUUCCGAGUCGUACUCCGGGCGAGUCGAGGCCCUCCAGAUCGAUGUGUCCGACCCAAGCUCUGUCUUGCAGGCGUCGGAAACCGUUCGCGCACGCCUCCAAAGUGGUGGCGGCGGCGGCAGCGACGGGACUGGGGCGCCGUCACCGGCGUACUUGGACGCCCUCAUCAAUAAUGCCGGGAUGAUACCCGAAGACGCAUCUUCCCCGACCGGAUUCGCGUCGUGCAUCGACGUGAACUUCCGCGGCGUGGUUCGUACGACGGAGGCAUUCCUCCCGCUCCUGAAGCCAUCGAAGGGGCGGGUCGCCAUCACCUCUAGCUCGUCGGGACCGUCGUUCGUGGCCAAGUGCAGCCCCGAGCGCCAGGCCCUCAUGACCGACCCCGAUGUCACGCACGCACAGAUCACCGCGCUUGUUGACGAGUGCUUGGCCAUUGCGUCUGCCGACGGCAGCCUGGAGGAAAAGUUCGCCGCCGUUGGCCUGUCCGGAAUGGAUGGGAAAAUGGGUGUGUACGGGCUCUCGAAGGCGUUGGUCAACAUGUACACCAUUCAACUGGCACGGGAGCACCCGACGCUCAUCGUCAACGCGUGCACUCCGGGCUUUAUCAAGACUGAUAUGACCGCUCCUUUCGAGAAAACCAUGGGCAAAUCCCUCGAUGAGAUGGGCGCCAAGACUCCCGCAGAGGGCGCGAAAGUUGUCGUACAUUUGGCGACGGGCGAGGUUCCCAGUAGCGGGUGGUACUUCGGCAGCGACCUCCAGCGGUCACCGCUCGGUCGCUACAGAAGCCCCGGUGACCCCGCCUACGACGGAAAGUAGAUAUCCCGCAGAGUUCGCGAAGUCUGUCGGGCGUCAACUACUGGUAGAGGCGAGGUUGUGUUUUCGCGAGCAUUGGCGUCGUUUUGUGGUUGCCUGGCUCUGUGUCUAUUGGUUGUGGCUUUCGUGAAGACUUUACAAGCCAGGACAGCGGCUGGUGUGCUAGCGGGCCGAUCAAUGCCACCAGGGUUGAGGUAUGUGCUGCGAUGGUGGCCGAUUCCAUCGUCUUCGAGUUGUUGGUUCUUGUGUCUACGAACAAACAAACACCUAAUGUCGUGGGGUUGCGAGGAAUCUCGAGCUACAGCAGUUUUGCCGGAGACAACAGAAGUACAUGUCACGCGUUGGGCAUUGUCCGAAGUUUUACGGCCGCAUGUGUAGCUUCUUUAUUUUCUGUAAAGUUGUGCUUAGUCGAUCAAUGACAAUGGUUGCUGAGUAGAAAGCAAACAAUGAUUUGUUUUUCGGUUGGUAUAUGUCGAUGCAUUCGGAAGUUGUUCAUCGUGUCCUGUAGCUAUGGUGGGGAAAAAAAAAAAAGGCCCCUUUGGAUCGCGGUGGAAUAGCUACGUAUCGUGUUCUCCAUGGGUGUUCGACUCUGUCCCUCCCUGUAGUUUUAUUGUAUUGCGCGCGAUCUCUUGAUUGUUCCCCUUAAUUCCAAACACGUAGCCAUGUAUUUAGUUUUUCACCGUGGGGGACGUCGUGAAUCGUGUACGCCUGUAUCUGACCUCUAUCUGGCCUGGCAUGCAUGCCUUUCUUCCACUCUCGCAGAUGUGAGGCAGUCUUGAACUUGAUGUUUGACAUAUACAUUUUGGUUCUCUUGUGAAUAUUGUCGGCAACAAAAUGAAGAGGGUCCGGCAUGUCCACUGAUCGUUACC